AUGGGUUCACCUAAACAUAUGAAAGAUUUGCUUCAGAAAUCUAACAGUGUUCCAAUAAUGGCAAAAGGAGGACGUAGGGGUGAACCAGCGCGCCGCUGCGUGCUGCGAUUAGAUGGAUGCUCCUAUCUGAUCGGUGGCACUGUUAUUGUCCGAAGAAUGCAUCCACGUGGGGGCGCAUUAAGGCGUGGAGUUGCUCAAGAGAAAGACGAUGUAAUGGAGCGUUCAGAUUCUAAAUUAGAAGGCUUAGCCCGUGUAGACACCACUGGAGCGUGUGACAAAGCCGCUUCUAGUUGUAAUUUUUCACCCAGCAGACGUCUUAUCGAUGAAGACGACGAGUUGUCAGAAGUUCAACCUGAUGCUGUACCAAACGAAGUACGUGAUUGGUUGGCGUCGACUUUCACCCGCCAAGCGGCGGCGCAGAGAAGACGAUCCGAAGAUAAGCCUCGUUUCAGAUCUGUAGCCAAUGCUAUCCGAGCCGGAAUCAUGGUUGAUAAGAUCUACAGAAGAAUGUCUAGUUCGGCAAUGAUGCAGAUUCCGAAUCAAAUUGCCCAAAAUCUUAAGAACGUGGACGACUGGACAUUUGACGUGUUUUCUGUGAAUAAAAUAGCCAAUGGACAGGUCCUUCGCUACCUCGCUACUGACCUUCUCAAUCGAUACGGCUUAGUUCCAAAGUUUAAGAUCCCGGCUACUGUUCUUGAAAACUUCCUUAUCCAGAUGGAAUCAGGCUAUUGUAAAUACAAAAAUCCUUACCAUAAUAAUAUCCAUGCUGCUGACGUCACCCAGACCGUCCACUAUAUGUUAUGUCAAGGAGGGUUAGCGAACUGGCUAACAGACCUAGAAGUCUUUGCAACGUUGUUUUCCGCCAUUAUACAUGAUUAUGAACACACAGGAACAACAAACAACUUCCACGUCAUGUCUGGUUCAGAGACAGCACUACUGUAUAACGACCGAGCAGUAUUAGAAAACUAUCAUAUUAGUGCAACCUUUCGACUGAUGAAGGACGAGGACCUAAAUAUCCUUCAAAACCUAAGCAAGGAAGAAUACAGAGACUUUCGAACUCUAACUAUAGAGAUGGUGCUUGGAACGGACAUGUCCUCACAUUUUCACCAAAUUAAAACAAUGAAAACACUUCUAUCUCAUCCAGAGUUCAGUAUAGACAAGGCCAAAGCUCUUGCUCUGAUCCUCCAUUGCUGUGAUAUCAGUCACCCCAGUAAAGAAUGGACCGUACAUUAUCCUUGGACGAAGCUUCUGAUGGAGGAAUUCUUUCAACAGGGCGACAAAGAAAAAGAGUUAGGCUUACCCUUCUCACCACUCUGUGACAGAAACACAACACUAGUUGCUGAAUCUCAAAUCGGCUUUAUCGACUUUAUCGUAUCUCCUAGCAUGGAAGUUCUUGGAGAUCUCUUAAAUAAAAUAAAGUUAACAGUAACGCAAGGGAAUAGACCGAUAGAGGGCUCAAUAUGCGAAGAAAACGAGAGUAAUACAGACACUAAGCUUCGCACAAAGUCCUUGUCUUCGAUGCAGACAAAAGAACUGAAUUCCACUUCUUUGGAUUCGGCAAAUGGCUCUGGUGUAGGUGGUAAAAGUAAAUCCUCUGUGAACAGCGCCCCCUGUUCUCCGUCAUUAAGCUCAGGAUCAAGAAAAGAAAUUCCUCGGCCCUGGACUGCAUGUCUAGACAAAAACAAGACUCUAUGGCAAGAAAAAGCAAAGAAAGACGCCGAGAGGAAAGCACUAGAAGCUGUCCAGAAAUCAUCCUCAGAAAAUCACGAAGAUGGUACAAGUCAUCCUUUAUCCUCCUCAUCAGAGAAGCAGUGAUGCAACUUACUGGACUUGUGAUCGAAUCGCGAUAGUAUUUUCUUGAAACUUCUAACAUCCUUGUUCACCAUUCCACUCACACCCCUGUACACAGUAAAAUUUGUGAAGGAACUACGAGAAUGUGUCACGUGACUCCCACUUUUUAUUACGUGAUGGUCACGUGACUGCCACAACUUGCGAGCGUACCCAACGUUCUUAGCAAUGAUUAAUCUCUUAAAAAACAACUCAGACGUUAUUCAAAAGAUAGUAUUCGUUAAGCAAGUCCCAGUGUGACAGUACCGUCUAGCUUUUUAAUUGAUGUUUUAAAUUAAAUCAGCACAUUUUGCAUUUCGAAUAAGUGAAGUCUGAUGUUUAGGUCAAUUAAAUCACACACACUUUUUCUCUGUUUUCGAAGCAAAGGAUUGUUAGUCCGGCUGUUACAGUUUGCUGUACGUGGCAAUCUCUAUCUUUACCAUAGUCAUACUUUUAUCGUUUAAUCUAACUUUCCUCAGAAUACAACAUAAUAAUCGUGUUUUUUGUUGUUGUUGUUAUUAUCUCAGAUUAAAUCAAGCUCAUGAACACCGAAAAAAAUCUUGAAACUUAAAAAUUUGAGCUUGACGUGUAAAACAAGUAAGAAGAAAAAAGUGCUUUAGUAAUGUUCUUUAUAGAUUAUAGCUUUCAAAAGUUGUUUUUAUGUAAAACCAUGUAUAAUUAAAAUAUUUCUGAUUCAAAUUAAAACUUAUCAUCAGAUCCUCCUGUUAACCAAACUCAGUCUAUAUUAAAACAUAAAAAACUCUCAUAUCAAUAGAUAGUACAUUAAGGUUACGAAAGAUUUUUUUUUCUUUUCAUGAAACACUAGAUACUUGGUUUACUCCCUUCAACAGUGAUUCUCAAACUGUGGGGCGCGCACCCCUUGAUGGCACGACUUUAUUUGAAAGUGGCGUGAGAAGCGUCAGGCAUACGUUUCAUUUUUCAUUCUGUUUUGUUUUUAACUAAAGAAUUUGAGUACCUACAAAAUGUUUACACUGAUUACCAUAGUAGUCAGUGUUGUUUUUAGUUUCUAGAAAUAAAUGGUUAAGAUGGUGGUUUAUAUAGAUAAAAUCGAUUUAUUUAGUUUCAUGCCCACUGUAAUUUUAAGACAUAAUGAAAAGUAAGUUAAUUCCACUAAGAACUAAAACAGAGUACUCCAGGAUAUAAACGAACCUGUUUCUAGUGAAAAUAUAAAAUUCGAUCAAUUCUAAUACCGUUAAAAGAAAUUAAUUAUAUUUGAUUAAACAGCGCACUAGUAUUUAAUGGAAACGUGUACGAUACUUAAAAGAUGCUACGUAAAACAUAGGAGUCUGUAAACUAUACAAAACUCACAACGAUUGUAUUGUACAAUAUAUUAAUUUCAUAUUCAAAUUACAUUGUUAACAAUAAAUACUCAAAUGAUUUUAAGUUACUUAUGUUUAUGUUUAUUAGUUACUUUUGUCUGUAUAUAUAUAUGUAUGGUUCCCUACUUCAAAUGUCAUGCACAGAUUUAGAUACCACGCUAUCAAGAAGGCUAAAUAUUAAUAUUUAAAAGUUAAUUAUAUUAUCCUUCAGAGAAUUCAUUUAAACAGUAUGUCUCAUAGGAUAAUACUCAGUAAAAAUGUAAGUUUUUCUUCUGUAAGAUUGGAUAGAUAAAAAUAAAACGUAUAAUAAUAACUACUUUUACCCUUUUUUGUUUUGUUUUAUUCUAUUUGUAUAAAUUACUAUCUCGUGCAUUUGUUCCAUAUUUCUGCCAAUAGAUUUUUACCAAUCGUAUUACAGCUCAACUUGGAUCAUUUUAAACCCGACUUCUUCACCAGACAGUUGCGUAACAAGAAAAAGCCGAAUGGGAAAGCUGUCUCGGGCGCAGUCCGAUAGGGGUCACAGAGCUCCAAUUAUUUUAACAAAUAUUUGAGAACUAAAUCUGAUAAUAUGAUUUUGGAAAUUUUUCCCAUAUGUUUUUAUUAAUAUAUAUAUUAUUAAAAACAGUACUGUUUAUGAUUGUAUAAAAUGUGUGAGGAGCAGUUAGUCAAACUUGCCCCGGGCACAAAAAUACCUAGUUACGCCACUUGUAGCGAAAAAUGACAAUUCUGGUCAUAUCGAUGGAAUUUCAGAAUUUUAUUUAACUUGUUUUCCUUUUUUUUUACUGAUCAGAUUAAACUUUUCCUAAAAAAGUAUCCCCCGGUGAAACAGCGGUAAGUUUAUGGACUUACAACACUAAAAUCCGGGUUUCGAUUCUCUGCGUUGUACACAACAGAUAGCGCAAUGUGGCUUUGCUCUGAAACAAAGACACAGAAACCUAAAAAUCUGUUAUUUUUCAAUGACAAAAGAAAGAAAACAAUUACUCAUUUGCAUACCCUUUAUGGAAUUAAAGUAAACUCUGGUUUACAAUAUUUUCAAAUGUGAAUAAACAGUUAAGCAUUGCAAAUUCUAAUAGGCAACAUAAAUAACUGAUUAUAAGCCUAACUUUUGAAAUAGAAGAAAAAUCAAGAAAUGUAACUCGUGCUUGUACAUACUUGUUCUUAAACAUUCCAGCACUGAAUGUAAAAAGUGUUUAAGGAAAAUGAUAUAGGAAACCUUUGUUUUACAUAGACUAAAAGGUGUAUGUUUCCAGUUGAUUCUUCUAAUGCUUUUGUUAAAACGGAUCUGACGUGUUUGUGUGUAUCAAUAACUAAAAUAAAUCCGUAAGCUUAGUUUUGCAAGUAUUUAUAUAAAAAGAUCAGUCAUUCAAUAUUUGAUAUAUAUAUAUGUGUGUAUGUGAUGUAUUAUUAAUUUUUUUUGUGAAAUUACUAACUCUGAAAUUGAUAUGAAAUUAGUAACGUAAAAAAAAAGUGUUAUAGAUAGUUUAUUCCAGAAGUCAAUUAAUCACUUGCAUUAUCAUAUAUCAUAAUAAAUGUAGUAAACAGAAAAUAUUACACGUCAAAGGAUCAUAUCUGUAUAUUUCUGUAUAAUGGUUGUAAAAUAAUUAUAUUGUAAGUUAAGCCUAAUCUACAUUAUGACUAUUAUCUCAGAAUAUUAAUGUGAGUGUACUUAGUUUUUGCAAAGAUUAAUUAAGAAUAUUCCUCUUACUCAGAUACUGCUAAGACUUACAGUAUUUGCUUUACAUUGUAAAGCUUUUGUUUUUCAUUUCAAGUCAUAAAAUUGUUUCAAAUUGCAAAUAUUUGAAGAUCCACAUAAUUUGCCUUCUCCUUGUAUCAGUCAAGCUAUAUAUAUUCAUCAAUGCUUAGAUAAUUUUGAAGAGUUUUUUUUUAUUAAAAAGCUAUUUCUAACAAUCUUAUUGUUUAUACUCAUUACUAUAAGUUGAAAUUUGUGAAUUUUCUUACUUAAUUUUAAUAGUUUUUGCUUUAUUAGUCAUUCGGGAUAUUUAUAUCCACGUGCAUGAAUGAUUAUUUCCUCUUGUUGAGUCUAAUGUAGAUCUUUUCACCACUCUAUGACUGUAAAUAAAAGCAUUCAAUGCAGCCUA